AACAGCGUGUGUUUUAGUAAGCCUUAGUUUGAUAUGGUUUGGCUUGUUUCCUCCAACAGGACUCGUUAAAGACGCGCGCCAGCCCGUGCCUUCAUUUUGGUGGGCUCCUGGUCCGCAGCAUAAUGGAUGAACACUGUUUUUGAAGAAGACAGAACGCCACCGUGAAGUCUUAACUGGGAAGAGGUAUUUUUUUUAACUACCUGUACUUCUUUCUCCAAAGGUGUAGUCUCGUCGAGUUACGUUGGACGGCGCAGAAUGUGGACAAAACAAGACGUGCGUAAAGCGGCUGAAGUGGAAGUGAGGAACCGUGAAGUGUGAGGCUGUAGAAUGUGGCGGGGACACCACGGGACAACUGGGCUGCAAGUUUCCUGAGCUUGGAGAUUUGACGAGGGCGCAACAAGAGGGGGAAGUGUUAAUGCUGGAUCAGCCCCGCAGUCAGUAAACUGGCAGAUGAGCGCGUUAACUCAUAUUAUACUUGGGUUAAAAUUAAACUACAUGAAUAGUCAGUAAAAGAGGAUAAAUCUUAAUUUAGGACACAGUUUGCCAAGAAACCCAACUGGAUCCAAAUCAAUUCACAUCACUUUUUCCAAAUUGUUCGACUGCCCCCCCACCUCCCCACCCCCUCCGAUCCUUUUCCCUUCAUUUUUGCAAUUCUGAUUCCCGAAGUGGCUCCGAAGUGGUGUUGCGGCUCCUCGUCCCCGGCGGAUCCGGAGAUUGGAGUCUCUGCACCGGGAGGAGGCGGAGUCGGAGCUCCGUCCACACCGCAGGCUCCCAAGAGCGGCCGCGUCAAAAGGAUGGUGCGACUGGCGGCGGAGCUGCUGCUGCUCCUGGGACUUCUUCUCCUUACCUUGCACAUCACGGUCCUGCGGAGCAGUCCGCUGCCCCAGGGAAAUGAAACUCUGAGCCUGGAUCAGGACACAGCACUUACAGAGCAGAACAAUAUAAAUGCAAAAAGCAGCUCCUCUGCCCAGCUGGCUCCUGAAGAUCGGAGGUCUGGUCCAGAACAUCGAUUGGCCCACCGACCUGCCUCCCUCCCCUGGGCACAAGGCAGCAACGUACACAGGGACGGUCCUGGAGCUUUCCUCCUAGAUCUGCACAACUUCCCCGACCUCUCCAAAGCUGAUAUCAAUGGACAGAAUCCCAACAUACAGGUGACCAUUGAAGUGGUGGACGGACUGGAGAGUCAUGAGCCAGAAAAAGGCCUACGUAAAGAGAGCAAACCCAGCUGGGCUUCUCCGAACUGGAGAAACUGGUGGCCUCACACUUCUUCAUCCUCCUCCUCCUCCUCCACCACUCAAACAGAAGAGCACGAUCGCACCUACGGGAGCAACAGCGAGGACAGCAACUUCCUCCGGCCGCCGGCAGACUGGGACAGGAGGGGAGGCACCGGGGGAGGCAGCAAAGCUCAGACUGAAUAUGACUAUAUGGAUGGAGAGGGGGACUGGAGUAACUGGACAGCAUGCAGCGUCACCUGUGGAAACGGCAACCAGAAGAGAACCAGGUCAUGUGGUUACGCCUGUACAGCCACCGAGUCCAGAACUUGUGAUAUGCCCAACUGCCCAGGUAUUGAGGAUGCCUUCAAGACAGCAGCUACUGAAGUGAGCCUGUUAGCUGGAACAGAUGAGUUCAAUGCCACUGAGCUCUUUGGUGUUGAUACAGACAGCUGCGAGCGGUGGAUGAACUGCAAGAGCGACUUCUUAAAGAAGUACAUGACCAAAGUGGCGAACGACCUUCCCAGCUGCCCUUGCUCUUACCCAACAGAGGUGGCGUACAGUACGGCAGAUGUACACGAUGCUCCCACGCGCCGGGAUUUCCGUUGGAAAGACGCCAGCGGGCCAAAAGAGAAACUGGAGAUCUACAAGCCCACGGCCCGUUACUGCAUCCGCUCUAUGCUGACGCUGGAGUCCACCACGCUGGCGGCGCAGCACUGCUGCUACGAUGACAACAUGAAGCUCAUCACUCGUGGCAAAGGGGCCGGCACGCCCAACCUCAUCAGCACAGAGUUCUCAGCUGACCUGCACUAUAAAGUGGACAUCCUGCCCUGGAUAAUCUGCAAAGGAGACUGGAGCCGCUACAACCAGGCCAGGCCGCCAAACAAUGGGCAGAAGUGUCCCGACAACCCUCAGGACGAGGACUACUACAAACAGUUUGAAGAAGCGAGGGAAUUCUAGCCAGCUGCAGAGCAAAAGGAACAAACCCACACUGCUUAAAUAUUCAGCUAAACCUCAAAAAUGGUGCUGAAACCAUUUUUUCAAAAUUCUCUUUUAGAUCAAACAACACAAGAACUUUAAGGCUCUGAGGAACAAGACUUACAGAACUGCUCUUUUGAACCAAGAGGAAUAAAAAUCCAACAGAGUCAGAACACUCACUUGCUCACAAGAAACUUUUCGUGACUUCACCAAAACCAGGCACAAAACAUUGCUCUACUUUUGUUUUUGUUUUUUUAAAAACAUUUUUAUAAAAUAUGCCUCUGAAAAAAAAAAUCAAAAUUUUGCCACCAAUAAUAACUCUUUCAGAUCAGGUCGCUAAAGGGAGAACUGAGUUCGUAUUCUUAAAAAGGGAAAAUUAUUAUUCUAGGAAUGUCUGUUUAGAUUGUGUCCAUGUUUGUCUCCAUAGAUUGUUUAUGUUUGCUGAAUCUGAGAGGUCUGUGGUAAUAGAGUAAUGAGAUCCUUCAGGAAUGUGUUUGGGGGUGGGGGUGGGGGUGGGCAGGUUGGAGACCAGGGUUAUCGAAUUUUCUCCCGUUUUGUCAUUCACAAUAUCCAGGUUCUCAUGUAAGCUUGUGAGAUUAUUUAGCAUGCACAUUUUUUUUUUUUUUUUUAAAUUUACAAUUAAUUUACAACCAUGUCCCUUGUGUCUCCGAGGGCAGCCUGCGUUAUUUUUGUAAAGUAUUUAUUAAGUUGUAGCUGUGUCUGAGUUGGGUGUCUAUGACUGUGGUUUCUGAUUCACAUAUGGCUGAAUGCUAACUUGAGAUUCCGCUCUCGCUCAAACAUUGGCGUCGAUGUGCGUGUCUCAAGUUGGGAUUAAACCAUAAUAGAGCGUAAAGAAUGUGUGAAUUCAACUGUACGGAAAGAUUUUUGAGAUAUAAAUCUAUAAAUAAAUUUUUUAAAAAGCCAA